ACGGUUGCUCUAAGAACAGAGAGAGCAAAUUUUGUUUUUGAUAGAGAAAUCGAUCGAGAGAGGAGAAGAAGAAUCAAGAGAGUGAAAAGGACAUGAAUCUAUACGCGCACGAUCUUUCUCUUCUCGAUUUCAAUUACAACGUCUCCGGUCCCUUCGGCGAGCCGCUAUCUCACCGCUUCCUCUCGCCUGGCCCUUUCUUCCAUUGUGAGGACGACGAUUACCGCCGUUAUACCACCAGCUACAGUCACGACGGAGCUAAUGGACGAGAAGCAGAUACCGAUUCAAGAGUAUCUCCGCCGCAUCGCCACGACGGAAGAUCUCCGUUACCUCUGGGGAUGGAUUGGAGUGCUCCUCCUCGUCAUUUGGAAGGACGGAACACGGUUUGGCCACACGAUCCUCGAACUGGUUGGAGUUACUGUGUCACUGUCCCUUCUUGGGUUGACCUUCCCAAAUCAAGCGUUUCGGAUCCUGCCGUGUUUUAUAGAGUGCAAGUGGCGAUACAAUCUCCUGAGGGAUUCACUUCUGCUAGACUGAUACUUAGACGAUUCAAUGAUUUCUUGGAGUUAUAUUCUUCAAUUAAAAAGGAGUUUGUGAAGAAAAGCUUACCCCAGGCACCACCAAAGAAGAUUCUGAGGAUGAGAAACCAGACACUUUUGGAAGAGAGGAGGUGUUCUCUGGAAGAUUGGAUGAAUAGACUUUUGUCAGAUAUUGAUAUAUCUAGAAGCGCUCUGAUAGCAACAUUUCUUGAGCUUGAAGCUGCUGUCAGGUCUUAUUUUAAUGAUGAAUAUCAAGAAACUGAAGAUACCUCUGGGGACAUUCCGUCACUUCUACCUACCACCAGCUCUGAUGUUCCUGGUAGUUCAUCAGUUACCGUAGAUCAUACCAAUGAUUCUGCUGAUGAGACGUCUGAUGCCUCAACAGUGAAGCAUGACGAUGCUAGUCUCAAAAAUCUUGUCUCAAGGAAUUCAACUUCUGUAGAUAAUGUGACUGAUUGGCAUGAGUUGAUCUCAGAAUAUGGACUUCUAGAUAAAAGUUUUUUUCAGGAAAAAGUUGAAUGUCUUUCUAGUACUAAUGGAGAUGCAGCAACUGGAGGGGGCAUUUCUUGUGGAGUUGGAAUUCAGAGGUUGGAUGGAAGUGAUAGAAAGUUUCAAGAAAAGACCAUUGAAAGAAAUAAAACUCAUGUAAGUGAUUUUGAGGCGUCAACUUCUGGGGAACCUGAUUUAGUUAACCAAGGCUCGAUGGAUAUUCAUGGUGAAGCUCAUGGAAACAUGUAUGGUGCAGUUGGUGGAGAUACUGAGACUCUGAAGGAUCUUGCUAUUGUAUUUCAGUCUGAGGAGCGACAUAAUUUAAAAAGGGUUAUUGAUACGUUAAAGCAGAGACUGGAAACAGCAAAAGCUGACACGGAAGAUCUUAUCUCAAGGCUGAAUCAGGAGUUAGCUGUUCGACAGUUUUUGUCAACAAAGGUAAGAGAUUUAGAGGUUGAACUUGAAACAACUCGAGAGAGCUGCAAGCAAGGCAUGGAGAAAACAGUUCUUGAUGAAAAGGAAAGAUUUACUCAAAUUCAGUGGGAUAUGGAGGAACUCCGCAAGCAAUGCAUGGAAAUGGAAUCGUUGUUAAACUCUAUAAAGGACGAGAAAACAGAUAUUGAGGCUGCAAGUGAGUCACUUGUUCAAGAAAAUCAGAUGUUGCUGCAGCAGAUCAAUGAUAUAAGAGAAAAUUUUGAGAAUUUUCAUAAAGAACAUGAAGAGCUGGAAGUGAAAUCGAAAGCAGAGCUGAAAGUCCUCGUCAAAGAGGUCAAGUCUCUCCGAACCACUCAAUCAGAAUUGAGACAAGAGCUUAGCCGCACAAUGAAAGAAAAACUGGAGAUGGAGAGAAUUGUUCAACGGGAGAAUGAUAGAGAAGAAACUGCAAAAAACGCAGACAAGAAGUUGCUGCAUGAGUGUGAUGUUCUACAAACUCGGCUUCAAGAGUGCAAUGUCAAGUUCCACAUUGAAGAGGAGAGUAAGUUAAUAAUGGACUCAUCAUCUCCAUCUGAAGCCAUCGAGCUACUAGCAACAUCUGAUAACCGAAUAGGUCUUCUAAUUGCUGAGACGCAGCUUCUCUCAGAGGAAGUGGAAAAGCUGAAGCUAUCAUCAGGAGGGCAUCGUGGAACAGACGAUGUAGUAAGGAAGAUGCUGACAGAGGUUCUGAUUGAUAAUGCCAGAUUAAGGAAACAGGUUAACUCUGUUCUCCGUUGCUCUUUGUCCGGACAUGGAGUAUCAGUCAGAGAAGCCGGAACAGAAGAAGAAGUAGAAGAGGAAGAAGGAAGCAUUGAUCUAGCAAGAACUGUUAUGAGCAAGAUCCUUGAGAAAUGAUUUUAUCAGGUUUUUCGUGAAACUAUGCUAAUUACAAAUGGUUUUAUCUUUUUUAAAAAUAUUGUAAUAAACUUGGACUACCGUC